UCGUCACAUAUUAACUAAACUAAACAGAGUCUCUCAGUGAGUUGUCUGGACUCGCGCGUCUUCUACUCAUCCCUUCAGAGCUGCAGAAAUGGCAAACCCCAGAGUUUUUUUUGACAUCACGGCUGAUGGGAAACCACUUGGCAGGAUCGUAAUGGAGCUGCGAUCUGAUGUGGUCCCAAAGACUGCAGAAAAUUUCCGGGUCUUGUGCACCGGAGACAAAGGGUUUGGUUACAAAGACUCCACCUUCCACCGUAUUAUCCCCGGGUUCAUGUGCCAGGGUGGAGAUUUCACCAAACAUAAUGGAACUGGAGGCAAGUCCAUCUAUGGUAAUAUGUUUGCUGAUGAGAACUUUCAGCUGAAGCACACAGGACCAGGGAUCCUGUCCAUGGCGAACUCAGGACCAAACACCAACGGCUCCCAGUUCUUCAUCUGCACGGAAAGGACACCCUGGCUGGAUGGAAAGCACGUGGUGUUCGGCCAAGUUGUGGAGGGCAUGGAUGUUGUCCGAAAGAUGGAAUCGUAUGGAAGUUCUAAGGGCAGGACAAGUGUCAAGAUUGUCAUUGCUUAUUGUGAUCAGCUGUGAGCAGGGCAGCUGUUUGACCUGCUCUCUGUAAGGUUAAUGAGUUGACCUUGGUGAAAUACCUUCUUCCUGUUUAAACUCAUCUGCUGUGUUCAGUUGUGUGGUGGGACAUCUUGUAGCUUCUGUUGUCUUUCUUUGGAGGACAAUACGUAUUAUGACAAUCAGCAUAAAUUACACUGAUGUUAAUAAUAAUAAUUAAAAAAACAGUGGCUGUAAAAUCCA